AUGGAUUUGAUGCCGGAAAGUUUCAUCGACAUUAAACCGGAUCCAUCGUUGCUCGAUGCAAAUUUUGAUGGUUACAAGCUCUCUCUCGACCCAUUUCCGAUUUAUAGUUAUCCUCUCGAAGUUCCAGUGCGGGAAUUGCAGACAAGCAGUGUUCAGUAUGGAUUCGAGCAUACUAAACUAUUUAACGAUAUCAAUUAUCUAACAUACGAUCCUCAUUCAUCCGAUUCUGGACAUAGGCGAUUUGUAAUUGUUUUGCAGAAUUUUCACUUAUGUUCAUUCAGUUUUGAUACUCAGACAAAGAAGUUCUCAGUUGAUAAAAAUCAUACAAUCAUUACUGUAUCACUUGACGAAAAAGAAGUACAAGAUCGAUAUCCAGUCACAGUAUCAUUUCCAGAUGCUGGCCAUGCUUUUGUAUCUAAUGGCUUUGGUCGUCUCACAAUGUAUAUUACGGGUGACCGACGCAGUGCGACAGCUUGGAAGGAAUGUUUAAGUAUCGAACCGCCUAUUGUUGAUGGUGAAGUAAGCUCAUUUAUAAUUAUUGAAAGUCGUCAUGUGGAAAAUAAGUUUGAUGUAUUACUACGAUCUAUUAUACCGAGCAAAAAGUCUUCAAAUCAAGGAAAUUUUUCAAGUAAAAUAACCUGGUUGACUGUUAUCAGCGAAGACGGAAAAAUGAAGAUGACUAAGAAUAGCAGCAUCAUAUGCACUGGUCAUACUGAAAUGGUAACAUUCGACAAAUUACCCGAAAGCUUAAUCGUUAUUAGUACUGGCGAUCUAAGUUUUUGCGGGGAUGGGCUAAAUGCAUCGGAUAAUACAGUUCCGGAAAUGAAGAAAAAAUAUGGUACUGAAACUGCCAAGCUAGCUAAAAAAAAGUACGCUUGGUCUCAAACAGGAACAGAUGUAACAGCAGUGUUCACCUAUGAUGAGACAAUUUUAAAAAAAGAUGUUUUGUUAUCGUUGAGUGCAACAUCUGUUCAUUUGUCAGUAAAAGACAUAAUACUUAUCGGUGGAAUUCUUGGUGGAUCAGUUGAUCCAACGUCAUCAACUUAUACUAUCGAUGAUAACAAGUUAGAACUUUUUUUGGUUAAAAGUGGAGGUUUAACUAAUUGGUCGGAAUUGGUGCUGGGUGACGAUCAAGGCGUCUAUGAAAUUGACCCAGAAUCUUUGGAUAUUGCUUCGAAGACGUUGGAGCGCUUCACAUCUGAAUCAGAGGCUCUAGGUAGCAGUGGAGUUGAGCGGAAUUUUAACACCGAACAAAUGGAAGAUUGUGAUAUCAGUACGGAUGAUAUUUGUAAAAUUCGUUGGUUGAACUGUGCUUCGCAGAAAUUAAGUCAUGAAAGUGAUAUAACCACGCACAAUAUCUUGUUUUCUGUAUAUUUGGAUUCUGGACCAUGUUUUCUUUGUAUCCGCAUGGAUGUUGAUGGUAUUUUAUGGAAGUUUACAGAAGACAGCAGAAAAGUUCAGCAUCACGCAACAUUUAAUGCAUUCGGAUACGUUCAGGCAUCUAAAACGCAGCGAAAAUUCAGCAGUUGUCCAACCGAUUGUUCUUACGCAGUUAUUGUGGAAGCUAAACGACACGCAUUUGUUUAUUGGCAACCGUCUGCAAUAACUUCGGAUUUGCGAAACCGGAAAACAGGCCGUCGAAUUGGUGGAGUUGCUAAGCAGCAGUUGAUAUCUUUAUCUAAACCUUCUGAAUUUUGUGAUGCUAAUGCUGUUUCGGAAAAUAUUGUUGGCAUUCAUGCUGAUAACGAAUUUCUUUUUAUAUUAACCACUACCGAUAUUUUUGCUGUUCUUUUAAAAGACCCUCAGUUAUAA